ACCACGAGUACAACACUUGGUGUUGCUCCUCAAAUAUCAAAACUUGCAAGUCAGUCCACUGGCUUGUUUUACCAGAGUCCAGGAAGCAUUGGGUACGACGUAUCUCUCUGCUGGGCCUUGGUUUAAACAGCAAACGGAGAACACAAAUCCAGAAGCAGAGCUAAGCCCUCGCUAAAGGAAAAGAAAUGCGAUUUUCGGGCAGGCGGCGGUGGUUCAACUUUUCGCCUGCUAACAUUUCUCUGAGAAUCUUAUGCUCGAGGAGUGGGCGCUCAGUUGACUUUAGCCACUGGAGUUGUCAGCAUCCAUCCAUUGUCUUCUUCGGCGUUGGCGUCCUCCUACUCUCCCAUCAGGAACAACCAAGUUUAUAAUUUAGACAAUUUCAAACUUUCAUCUGAAAUUUCACCCGCUUCAAGUUCCGAACUAAAACUAAUUUCAUAAUUUAGUGCAUUUUCAUGGGAUCAAAACUAAAUAACUGACAGUGUCGAGCACAAACAGAAGCAACAAAGCAGACAGAUUGGAAUUUGUUCUUGUUAGAAAUCUGAGACCGUUACUUUACUAUUCAGGACAUACCAGUAAAGAAACUAUUCCCAUUGUGAAUUUCCUGGAGAAAGCAGAGACGCACGGAGAGACCGAGCUGGUCCAAGGCAGGAGCACUGCGAGAGGAGCAAGUGUCAAUUCGAUUAAUCCAAAAGUGUUUAGAAUUCUAGUCAGCCCCUCAAUAAAUGUUUAUGCUGGAGAAAGAGACAUCGUUACCGAGUUAUUGUUCAUCAACUCCUUCGUAAAUUAUUUGUAAGAACCCUUGUUUUUUCCUUUAACGAGAAAGUGGAACAAUAACAUCCUGUUUCCAAUUGGUUGCCUAUGAAUGCUAGUUAAGCAGUGUGUGUGAACCCCGUGUCUUGAUUUGUGUUGGCCAUCAUGACCUAUAAUGGGGUGACUUUUUGAUAUGGAAGAGGGCAUGGGACAGUCAGCCUCACCAAUUCCUGCUGCUGACUGGCCUCCACCAAUUAAUAUUCAUGACCAUAUAAGGACCUGCGAGUGUCGAUGUGAUCACUAUGGAUAUGGAAAUUUUUUAGACUACCAGGGACCGAAUGUGAUAGAACUCCCAGACGUAAGUCGAGUAAGCCCUGUAGGAUUUUCAACGGUCGUGAGCCUCCCUGGGCAAAACGGAUCUGCAGUAAGAAUUAACGGCGGAGGAACUCUUAUCGAACAAGAUUCUCUGAGUUCCAACAGCAAAGAAGAAAACGGUGCUGCACCCAGCGACUCGAGAGGAGUGGAUCUCAAAAUGAAGCACUGGUGCUUCGUUUGCUGCGUGCUGUUUUUGGCAGCCAUUGUUGGCGUUGGCGUUGGUGUACCUUUGGCCAUGAUGGAAGAUUUCAUCACGUCUCCACAAGAACGACUCACGGCUGCUCAAAAAAUCCUUCGUGAGGUUCCAUUGAUUGAUGGGCACAACGAUUUUCCAUGGAAUUUGAGAAAAUUUUUAAGAAAUAACAUUCAGGACUUUAACUUUACAGCGGACCUCCGUAAAGUGGAACCUUGGUCGAGGAGUACGUGGUCACACACUGAUUUAUUGCGACUUCAAGAAGGAAUGGUUGGGUGCCAGGUGUUCUCGGCGUAUGUUCCCUGUGGCAGCCAACACCUCGACGCUGUUCAGCUUACCCUUGAACAGAUAGAUGUGAUUCGGCGCCUCACAGUAAAGUACGCUGAUGCCUUAGAGUGGGUUACGGAAUCCCACGGAAUUGAAACGGCCCAUCGGCGCGGUAAAAUAGCAAGCAUGGUUGGUGUCGAAGGAGGUCAUUCUAUCGGAAAUAGCAUUGCUGUCUUGAGGAUGUUUUACAAUCUUGGAGCACGAUAUUUGACUCUCACUCAUACAUGCAACACUCCAUGGGCCGACUAUGCGGCAGGCAUAGAUGACCCGAAUCAGAAAACCAAAACCAGUGGCUUAAAAGAAGUAGGCUUAAAAGAAUUUGGAAAGAAAGUGAUAAAAGAGAUGAAUAGAAUUGGAAUGGUAGUGGAUCUUUCACAUGUGUCAGUGCAGACGAUGCGAGAUUCUUUAAAUGUGACAAAAGCGCCGGUAAUUUUCAGCCAUUCUUCUGCUCAUUCAAUCUGUAAUUCAACGAGGAAUGUGCCGGACGAUAUUCUUCGUGAGCUAAGCUCGAACGGAGGAUUAGUAAUGGUUAGCUUCUACAACUACUUUAUCACCUGCAAUGGGUCGGCCAGCAUCACCGACGUCAUUGCUCAUAUCAAUCAUAUCCGAGAUGUUGCGGGGGUCGACCAUGUUGGGAUUGGAGCUGGCUUCGACGGGAUAAAUUACACUCCACGAGGACUGGAAGAUGUCUCAAAGUAUCCAAAUCUAUUUGCAAAGCUGUUGGAGGAUCCAAAAUGGACGACUGAAGACUUGAAAAAAUUGGCUGGAAACAACUUUCUCCGAGUAUUAAGAAGAGUAGAGCAAGUUCGAGAUCAGUGGCAAAUUGCGGCAGUGCAGCCGGUCGAGGACUCCAUCCCCGCCAAAUACAUAGAUGGCCACACCCAAUGCGUUUACGUGGGGUCGUGAUACGGUUACGACUUUUCUCCCUCCUUUCUCAAUUAAACCUGCUCGUUCGUAAGUUCAAUUGUCGAUUUAUUCAGCUCUCCGCACCCCAUUCGCCUCCUCCUCCUCGUUUUGGACUACACCCUGCACCCUCCACUCCAACAUGCUACUCUCAACGACGCCAUGGUUUUGUUAUCAAUAAUAUUGCUCAGUGUUAAACAGUGGUAUUGGCACAUUAUCAAGAAACUAGAAAUCUCAAACUACCCCGCGUUCUAAAAACCUAGUAAAAGUGAAUGAAGCUUAUUUUUAAAACAGUUGAGGCGACUCUACAGUUGCAUACAGUUCGUUCCAUAUCUACCCAUGCACUGUUGAGCCCCCUGUUAACUAACUAAUACACAAAAAUCAGUGCAAGCCAAAUAUGCGUCGCCACUACAAUGACCUAACCUACACAAUAUAAAUAGUUUAACUUUGGUGGUUUGAACGGUUUGAGCAGUAAGUGCCAAAACCAGAAGAGACUUGAAUUAAAUUGCAAACACAACCCGAGGCAUAUUGUCCCGAUCGACUACGUCAAUGUUAUGGAUUCUUCGGAAGCACUUGGAGCAGCAAGAUACACCAUUGACUGAACUUUCUCCUCCAUAAACGUGUUUCAAGUUUCCCAUAAGUGUGAAAUCUACUAAGGAAUGAAAACUCAUAGAGUGACGCUGCUGCCCCUCGCUAAAAACAUAUUUACUCGUUCCAAACGUUAGCGUGUGCCCAUGUACCUUGAACAAACAUCUACUUCUAUACACAGCAAAGUUUCGACAACCCAAGAUCUUCUAACUUAUGUAAAAUUUUACCAAAGAGAUCAUCUCACGGGUUUCGUGCUUAUAAACAUUUAUGAAAAAAAGUUUUUCUAGGCUAUUAAUAAUAAAAUUUGAUUAUGAAUGUUACUUGAGUAAGGAAAGACGAAAAAUCUGAGAAAAAAAUCGUCUACCAAAUGGUAGAGCUAACAAAAAAUAUUAAAAUAGAUUAUAGGAACUAUGUACUUUCUACGUAUAAUGAAUUUUAUAGGCGUGUGCCACAAGAAAGAAGGAUUCUACGAGAUUAGUUGGCGGUUGUAAGAAGCGAAAUACCCGGUUGGCCGAUAUGUAGGAGAAAGAUCUCGAUCAAAGUCUUCUGGAGUUGACCAGGCUAAUGGUCACUAAGCGGCGUAUAAAUGAGCUGUCAUCCCAAAGAACGCUUAUUGAUGACGUCUAAAACCAAACCAGCCAACACUACACUUGUUCUCAAGAAGGCAGCACUGCGACGACUUCGUUUUAGAUUUUACCAACUAUUCUUCAUGUGAAAACUUGAAACUUUCUCCAUGUCACGUUCUCUUUAUGGAUAAAUGGAAUUCUCUCUCGUCUUCGCUAUCAGAGUAAAAAUUCUGCUAUGGACAGACUCACCUCAACAAACUUGUACUGCGUUUGAUGCUUUUACGAGUUUAUAUUACGAGUAUAAAUUACUGCCAACCAUUUCAAAGAAACACUUCGUCAAACUGAUUUAAUGUGUGCUAUAUACAUAAGUUAAGUUUUUUUAGCUUUCAAACAGGCGCCAAUGCAACAUUACGUAUUACAUAUGUACAAUGUUGCUCAUUAAUUUAACAUAUUCGUAUCUGUAACACGUGAGUCUGAAAAGACAUUAUUUGCUAAUAAGUAUAACAUGUAAGAGCCAAGCGUAGAGUAGAAUUUAAAUUUUUUAUAGUUAAUAAUGUUAAUGAAAAUUAUGGAUACAUAUAUUUAUUUCCUUUUCUGCUAAUUCAAUUGAAUCAGCUUCCUUAUAAAAUAAAUAAUGUGUUGACUAAUUGAGUCAAGUAUGAAUGCAUUGGAAUGAUUCGACUGUAUCAGAUUGCAGGAUCUUAAAAACUACAUACGAAAUAUUUGAAUCGUGCUAUAAGUGAUAAAUACUUGUAUUUAAUUGUUUACGACGUGCAACUGUGCUAAAUGAUUAGGCCGCAAAAUGAGGUCGCGUUUCGACAAUCUUCGAUUGAAUUUACACACCACACACGGGCAGCGACUGUAUAACACAAAUAAGAUAUUGUUGUACAAAUACUUUGAUAACACUUUAGUUCAUGUAUACUAACACUAUUAUGGUUCGCGGAAUGGGGAAGCUACUCCAAUAUAAAUAUGUGCGUAUGUAUGUAUGCCAGAGCUCUGAGGCAUGAGUAUAAUUAUUGUUUGGAAAAAUGUUUGUCAGUUAAUUUAUUUAUUAAGAAUUGUACUUACAUACAAGAGAUUGUAACAACAAAUAAAAUCAAAGUCAAUUGUAAAUACCUCGGAA